GUUUUGCAUGUUAUCCCGAUGUUGUCUAUGCUACUCUGUGUCAAACUUCCUUUUCCUUGUGGCAUGGUGUCGGCAUAAGAAUCCAAGAUGCAGAUUUUCGUGAAGACCCUCACGGGCAAGACCAUCACCCUUGAGGUCGAGCCUUCUGAUACCAUCGAAAAUGUAAAGGCUAAAAUUCAAGACAAAGAGGGAAUUCCCCCAGACCAGCAGAGAUUGAUCUUUGCCGGCAAGCAGCUGGAAGAUGGUAGAACACUAUCUGACUACAACAUCCAGAAAGAGUCCACACUUCACUUGGUGCUGAGACUGCGUGGUGGUGCGAAGAAACGCAAGAAGAAGAAUUACUCCACCCCCAAGAAGAUCAAGCACAAGAAGAAGAAGGUCAAACUAGCAGUACUUAGGUUUUACAAGGUGGACGAGAACGGCAAGAUCCACCGCCUGCGGCGCGAGUGCACGGGCGAGCAGUGCGGCGCCGGCGUGUUCAUGGCCGUCAUGGAGGACCGCCACUACUGCGGCAAGUGCCACUCCACCAUGGUGUUCAAGGACGACGACAAAUGAACCGCCUAGUCUUAAGUCGCUCCGACUGCUGUGUAUGAUGGAUUUGUAAUAAAUCUUGACACAGUGUCAGAGUA